GCUCCAGGGGAUGCUGUCCCAGCCCUUGGCCUCCCUGGAGACACAGGGUGGGGUGUUGGGUUCUCUCUCUCUCUCAGUGCAGAGGCCAUGAAGAUUAACCAGAACACUGUGCUGCAAGGACAGAGGGUGACCCUGGUGCCGUACACUUCUGCACACGUGCCCCGGUACCAUGAGUGGAUGCAGUCAGAGGAGCUGCAGCGCCUGACCGCCUCUGACAAACUGGAGCAGGAGUAUGAGAUGCAGCGCAGCUGGCGGGAUGACACAGACAAGUGCACCUUCAUUGUGCUGGACACGGAGCGGUGGUCUGGGCAGGCAUGUGCGGAUGAGGACUCCAUGGUGGGGGACGUGAAUCUCUUCCUCACUGACACUGAGGAUCCGACGUUGGGCGAGAUUGAAAUUAUGAUUGCAGAGCCCAGCUACCGAGGCAGAGGGUUUGGCAAGGAGGCAACGUUGAUGAUGAUGUCCUAUGGAGUGAGAAACCUGGGAAUCACCAAAUUUGAGGCUAAGAUUGGUCAGGAAAAUGAAGCCAGUAUCUGCAUGUUCAAAAAACUUCAUUUUAAGGAGGUUGCUGUGAACAGUGUUUUCCAAGAGGUGACGCUGAGGCUGGAUGUCAGUGACGAGGAGAGACGAUGGCUCCUGGAACAGACAAACCAUGUGGAGGAGAAGAGCUACGUUGAACUGAAGCUGCCAGCUGGGAUGCUGGAGACCUGACAGACACAUCCAGACACAGACCUUAUUUCCAGGGAGGAGUUGGACGCUAUUGCGAGGUCUGGGUGUGAAGGACACCAGGGAGCCAACGCUGAACUUGACUCUUUUCAUCUGUCUCUGGUUACUUUGUCAUCUUGUCAAUUCUGCACCUUGUUGCACCAGCCAGGAAUACUGCCUGAAAUUUGGACCUGGAGAAUGGCCACUAAUUCACAGGCUUGACUAGGAGCAACUAUAACCUUAACGUGCUGUUCCAGCAGAGCCUAAAAUCACCAGCAGUUAAUCGAUUCCUGGUGUGACAAGUUUCUGGACAAGGAGCAGCCACUGUUCCUUCUUCUGCUGCCUUUAGAGAGAGAGUGAGUACAGAGGCAGUCUUGGUGCGCUGGUAACUCAGGUCUGUUGUCUCUUGAAUAAAAAAACUGACAAAAAAUAUGAGGUUUCCCCAGAGCUAUCUGGGCGCAGCAGGGCUCGGCUGGUGGAAGGGUGGUUAGAGGUUGUAAAGCACAGCAGAGACUCUCUGAACCCUAUUUUCUGGGGUGUGGUGGGUUGCAGGGGGACACUGCUGGGUCCUGGAAGUGAGAGGCCCAGGUGCAGCUAAGCGCAACCAAAUGACAAGUGCUGUUAAUGUGACAAAAAUGAUUGAUAGCAGCUGACCAAGACUUGGGCAGAGCCUCUCCACGAUGGCUGCGUAGCGGGGGGGACUGGCAGCUGCAGGAGGCUGCUGAGACAAAACUGCUUGCUGAGUUUCAGGCCUGUGCUUUGGCACACUGCUGCCUGUUAAGGGUGUGGACCUGGAAACCUCAGCCCGUCAGCAAAGGAAUAUUGCACUUCGAUUUACCAGGCUGCUUUUAUGAAAGCAAGGAGGAGGAGAACACAACUGAAAGGAGACGCAGUAGCUCUGCUGAGCCUGGAGGCUCUGUUCACUGCCCCAAAAAUAUCUGUUCCUGGUGCCAGAUGGCUUUAGGGCAGGAGCUGGCCAGCCAGCCCGCCUCCGCUGUGAAACGGAUGAGAUCUCUCACUUCAGGAGAGGCACUUGCCUGACUCCCCCUGGACAGACUUUUUAAUGCAGUUACUCAGCCUGACCUUUCCUGCCCCAUGCAGCCGGCUCUCACAGCAGGGAAGCUUGCCAAGAGUCGAGGAGAAUAACCCACCCUCCUGCGUGUUUAGCAGCCGUAAUGGCUAAUUCUAGACCAGAAAUUAUUUGUUGCAAUUACAAACUAUCAGGUAAUAGCUUUCAGAUUUGUCCAGGGAUGUUUUCAUAGGAGACUGGUAGACUGUGGAAUUUUUAGUGUUGCUGUGCCUGUAUUUUUAGGGCCUGGGGGUUUUAGUUUUCCAAUUUAAAUACCUCAAUUCCUGUGACUAAUGUUAAAACCAAGCGUGGGAAUGGUGUAUCACAGUAUUUUAAACAACAAGUGUUUAGCGUGGAUUUAGUUGUAGCAAAAGCUUUGUGCAGUAAUAAAGUGAAGAGCAGCUCUGCUUCCAGCUGGGAUUACUGUGACAAGGGCUACUAAUCCUCGGGGCUCUCUGUCACCUGCUGCAGGCAGGAAUGAAUUCUGUCCCCCAGAACAAGAUUUGCAGAACCUGCAGGGUAAACUGCUGGCUCUGUGUUCCUUCCAUGGUGCCUUUCAUCCCUCUGUCAGAGGAGCAAGGUCAGACUGGCAGGAGGGAUGUAGCUGGGCUACAAAGUGACCAAGGUAGGAAGUCCUUUCCUUCAACCUCUGCUGCCAGGGCCGAGGGGGGCACAGUGAAACCGUGCUGCCCUCCCCGGCCCUGCUGUGGCUCCCCGUGCCCGGUUGCUCUGGAGCCGGUGAGCGCCCCGCUUGGCAUCCCCGGUCCCCCAGCAACGCCAGCACACUCCCCCGCCUCCAUGGGCGGUUGGGAAAAACCUUCGCCUUGGCAACCCGAGACAAAGUUGGGUCUGUCCUG